AUGAAAGUUGUGGCCCGCGAGACGGACUCCACUGACGCUGGGGAGGUGAAAUCCGUGCACCCGCACGAUGCCCUACAGCGGGGAAUAGUGCUGUCCACGAACGCCACCAUCCAUGGCGAAGGAGGUUUGAGCAAGAGAUACCGCUUUUUCUACAUCGUUCCGAGCCUAGGUUUGCUGAAGGGUACGUCCCCGAGGGGCCACGGCACCACGACACCACGCGUCGUGCCGAGCAAUCGGAUGGUGUUGAACACCUCCUCCGACAGCGUACUGCUGCUAGGACCGACGUUCGUCGCCUUGGGCGACGGUACGAUGCAAAGGCUGAGCGAUUCCGGCGAGCGCCACCUGUCGGUGGAGAUGCGCAAGUUGCGUCACUUUCCGCUGGCAGGCAUGAAGCACCCGGAAGGUAUCGGAGCACCAUCCGGCGAGGAGCAACGUGCGGAGCCACUUCCCACCGUCCAGAAUUACCGUCCACGGUCACUCGAAGCGCCCAGUGCGUACAAAUCGAACCGCUACUACAUCUACACCAAUCCGGUGCGACCAAGAGUUCGGGAUCUGGAUGGGGGAGAACCGCAGCAGGAUGAGGCAGCAGGAGACACACCGCCUAGGGCAGCCAACGGCACCGAGAGCACGGGUCGGGUGAAGCGGCGCAGUGCCGUGGACGAUAUGCUGAGCAAGAACAUCACCAUCAUCCUCGAGAACUUGCUGAAACGCUACGAGAACUCGCAGAUACCAACACACGGCCAAGGAGUACCCACUGUCGUCCAGACAAACAUUCUAAUACGCAGCAUGGGACCAGUCUCCGAGUUGGACAUGGACUACUCCAUGGACUGCUACUUCCGGCAGUACUGGCGCGACAAGCGGCUAAGCUUCCACGGUCCAAUCAAGAGUCUCUCGUUGAGCAUCAAAAUGCUGGAGCGUAUCUGGCGUCCGGACACCUACUUCUACAAUGGUAAGCACUCGCACGUACACACGAUCACGGUCCCGAACAAGCUGCUCCGGCUCAGCCAGGACGGGGAGAUCCUGUACUCGAUGCGGCUAACGAUCAAGGCGUCCUGCCUGAUGGAGCUGCGCAGCUUCCCAAUGGACAGGCAGUCGUGCCCGCUCGUCCUCGGCAGCUACGCCUACUCGCGCCAGCAGCUCGUCUACCAGUGGAAGGACGAGGACUCGGUGAACUUCGUCCCGGGCAUGGCGCUCAGUCAGUUCGAUCUGAUCAGCUUCGGCCAGAUGAACUACACCUUCAUCCGGCGCGAGGGUGAGUUCACCGUGCUGCACGUCUCGUUCAACCUGCAGCGCCACACCGGCUACUUCCUCAUCCAGGUGUACGUACCGUGCAUCCUGAUCGUGGUGCUGUCGUGGGUAUCGUUCUGGAUUCACCGGGAGGCAACGAGUGACCGGGUCGGGCUUGGCAUCACCACCGUGCUGACGCUCUCGACCAUCAGCCUCGACUCGCGCACGGAUCUCCCGAAGGUGCGCUACGCCACCGCACUCGAUUGGUUUCUGCUGAUGAGCUUCUUCUACUGCAUCGCUACCCUACUGGAGUUUGCCGGUGUGCAUUACUUCACGAAGGUUGGCAGCGGCGAGAUUCCCCUCGACGAGGACGAAUGGGAGGACAUGGAGGGCGUGGAGGAGAUCCGGGACCUGCCGACACUGCAGCAGCAUCUGGCGGUGGCGUCCGCCCACGACUCGCCCCGCCUCCUGGCCGCCCGGCGCCGCAGCUCGCUGAUCUGCCCGAUCUACAACGAUCCGACGCACAUGUUCAAGGCGACCUCGUCGCAUCUGUCAACGAUGGAACGCACCACGCAGACCGAGCCGCCGAAGGAGCCGACCUGGAAGCAGGUUUGGCUGUGCUUUCUCGGCGACGAUCAGUUCCGCCGCCGGCGUCAACGCGAGGCGUCCGCCAGAGGUGGCGGUAACCGGCACGUGAACAGCGUCUCGCUCAUCGACCAGGCCGCGAGAAUUUUGUUUCCCACGUCGUUCACGUUUUUCAAUAUACUCUACUGGCUGGUGUACUACACCUACCAGGCAGACUUUACCUGGAGCCCGCUGAAGGAGGUGUAA